CCGGGGCAGGAAGCCGAUAGCCGGUGUUUCGACGCCUCCGCGACUGGGCAGGGCGUCCGAGGACCGGCCGGGAGAGAUGCGAGCGCACGCGGCUGGACUGCGAGCAGGAAGAAUAGUAUAACAAUGAAAAAACAUGAAUUUUGAAUGCAGCAAGAAAAGAAUAAGGACUGUUGAUCACAGCUUGCCGAGUUCAGCAUUAUGUGCUGGCAGGAAAAUUAGAUGUGAAAUCUGAUUUCUUUGUUCCAGUAAGCAUCUCUUUUUGGGAAUUCCCAAAGAGGAAUUAGUUGAAGAAGAAUGUGUUUCUUCAAUCAACUAUAGUCUCUACCCAAAGAACUCUUGCGGGUACUAGUGUGAUAGGCAGGUUGAAAGCUUGUUUGCAGUCCAGAAAAAUAGACAUGGAUUUUUGAGCAAUGAAGAUAGCAUGGUGUCGGCCAUGGGUGAUGAAGCUACAGCCAGAUCAUGUGGAGCAGUGUUUCCAAAACCCGGCUGUUGUGCGGUCUGCUUGCAGUGCUAAUGGUGGUGGUGCUGGUCGUCAAUGUGACCCAGGUUGAGUACUUGGACCGCGAGACUGUUUCCGCCACAUUCAUCGACAGCAGCGGCCAGUUUGCUUCCUCCCAGGCGACCGGGGUCAGCCGGAAUCCAUACUGCGGCUAUGAGCACCAGACCCUCUCCAGCCGGGAACGUGUGGAGGAGGACUCGCUGCUGGCAUCCUUGCAGUGGCAGGGACCCCCUGUGGGCCCAGUCCCCUUUGUGAAAAGCACCGACCCGUCUUCCAGCUACUUUGUCAUCUUGAACUCUGCAGCCCUCUUCAGGGUAGGAAGCCAGCUGGAAGUACUGGUGCAUGUUCAGGAUUUUCAAAGAAAGCCCAAGAAGUAUGGCGGAGACUAUCUACAGGCCAGAAUCCACUCCCCCAGGCUGCAGGCAGGGGCCGUGGGCAGAGUGGUAGACUACCAGAAUGGCUUUUACAAGGUUUUCUUUACUCUGCUUUGGCCAGGCAAAGUUAAAGUGUCUAUAUCACUGGUCCACCCAAGCGAGGGCAUCGAAGUUCUACAGCACUUACAAGAAGAGAAACCAGACAGGGUUUAUUUCAAGAGUCUCUUCCGUUCAGGAAGAAUUUCUGAAACGACUGAGUGCAACGUGUGUCUCCCAGGGAGUCUUCCGCUUUGUAACUUCACAGAUCUCUAUACAGGGGAGCCCUGGUUCUGCAUCAAGCCAAAGAAGCUCCCUUGCAGCAGCAGGAUCAACCAUUUCAAAGGUGGAUACCUCAAAGGCCUGCUGACUGGUGCGGAGAGCGCCUUCUUCCAGAGUGGUGUCAACAUCAAAAUGCCCAUCAACUCUAGUGGACCUGACUGGGUGACUGUGAUUCCCAGGACAGUGAAAGAAUCUAACAACUUAGAACUGUUUCAAGGCCCAGGAACUUUUCCUUCUGGUUACUACUACAAAGACCAGUGGAGGCCCAGAAACUUUAAAAUGCGCCAGUUCAAUGAUCCAGACAGCAUUGCAGAAUGCUUACAGAGAAAAAUGGUAUAUCUGUUUGGUGACUCAACAAUCAGGCAGUGGUUUGAAUACCUCACCACCUUUGUUCCAGACUUAGUGGAAUUUAAUUUGGGCAGUCCCAGGAAUGUGGGUCCCUUCCUUGCAGUGGAUCAGAAACACAGCAUCCUGCUCAAAUACCGUUGCCAUGGUCCCCCCAUCCGCUUCACGACUGUGUUUAGCAGUGAGCUUCAUUAUGUGGCAAAUGAGUUGAAUGGCAUCGUGGGAGGAAAGAAUACGGUGGUUGCCAUAGCCAUAUGGUCUCACUUCAGUACCUUCCCCUUGGAAGUGUAUAUCCGGAGGCUCAGGAAUAUCCGGCGAGCCGUGGUUCAGCUCCUGGAUCGAAGUCCUAAAACUGUGGUGGUCAUCCGGACAGCAAAUGCCCAAGAGCUGGGACCUGAGGUGAGCCUUUUCAACAGUGACUGGUACAACUUUCAGCUAGACACCAUCCUUCGCAGAAUGUUCUCGGGUGUUGGAGUGUAUCUCGUCGACGCCUGGGAGAUGACUCUAGCCCAUUACCUGCCCCAUAAGCUUCAUCCAGACGAAGUGAUUGUGAAGAACCAGCUGGAUAUGUUCUUGUCGUUUGUCUGUCCUGUGGAAGCCUAACCUGCCUUGGAGGAAUCCAGAGGAAUCGCAUUCAGUGACCCUCCCAGUUGACCUGCAUUACUGAGAAAGUAUACAGGUGACCCUUGUGAGAGACACCUGCUGUUGUUAUGUACAUUUCAAGUGGAGCUGGACUCUGGUGACUUCUCAGGAACUUAGAAAAUGUGGUCACAUCUGUGUCUACCUAGGGUUGUUUUCCAAUUGACAUAGCCAUGAUAGAAAUCUUAUUAACAGCAUCUAUGCACUGUAUUGCUCUUGUAACCAGAGAUGCUAAUGAGUGUAUUUAAAGUAGCUUCUCUUGGGGAGAGAAAUUAAUAUGCGAAAGAGUAUGUGAAGCACGUUCUGACUUAAAUGGAAGGAACUCACUUGGUUGUUGCUGGAGUGUUCAUAGCUCAUCAGCUGUAUGGGAAGUGGAGCACAGCUGCCUGGAUAACACAUGGUCUGUCUCCAGGGGUGAGCUGGAGAAGGCAGCUAAUCAGGCACCUGUGAACACACUGGCUCUGUUGUAGGAGUCUGUCUUGAUGAUCUACUUGUUCUGAAAUACUUGAAAAGGCCAGUGUGCGUAGUCAGAAUUCUGUAAUAAGAAUG